AUGCAAAGUGGAAGGAGCUUCGUGAAGAGCAACUCCACACUGGACCUGAUGAGCAACGCAGACACACCUGUGCUGGAAUCCAGUGAAAAGACUGAUCUUAGCCAGAGACGCUUUCGGGGCCCCGCCGGGGUCCGGGAGCGACCCGCGGGCCCCUCCCGGAGCCGGGAAGUCGGGGAGCACGGGGACCCGCACCCUCUGGCCGGCCGCAAGUGCCGGGGAGUUCCCGAGCCUCCAGGUGGCACGGCGGUGCUGGUGGAGCUGAGCGCGGACAUCCACAUCUGCGGGGUGUGCCGGCAGCAGUUCAACAACCUAGAUGCCUUCGUCACCCACAAGCAGACCGGCUGCCAGCUGAGCAGCGCCGCGGCCGCGCCAGGCACCGUGCAGUUCGUGGCAGAGGAGACAGUGCCCAUCACCCAGGCUCAGACCACCACCACAACCAUCACCUCCGAGACGCAGACAAUCACAGUUUCAGCUCCAGAGUUUGUGUUUGAACAUGGCUAUCAAACAUACCUGCCGACGGAAAGCAGCGAGAACCAGACCACCACCGUCAUCUCUCUCCCUGCCAAGUCACGCACCAAAAAGCCGGCGGCCGCCCCUGCCCAGAAGAGGCUGAACUGCUGCUACCCAGGUUGCCAAUUUAAGACGGCCUAUGGCAUGAAGGACAUGGAGCGGCACUUGAAGAUUCACACCGGAGACAAGCCGCACAAGUGUGACACGUGUGGCAAGUGCUUCAGCCGGAAGGACAAGCUGAAGACGCACACGCGCUGCCACACCGGCCAGAAGCCCUACAAGUGCAAGACCUGCGACUAUGCGGCCGCCGACAGCAGCAGCCUCAACAAGCACCUGCGCAUCCACUCGGACGAGCGGCCCUUCAAGUGCCAGCUGUGCCCCUACGCCAGCCGCAACUCCAGCCAGCUCACCGUGCACCUGCGCUCGCACACCGGGGACGCCCCCUUCCAGUGCUGGCUGUGUAGCGCCAAGUUCAAAAUCAGCUCGGACUUGAAGCGGCACAUGCGCGUGCACUCGGGGGAGAAGCCCUUCAAGUGCGAGUUCUGCCACGUGCGCUGCACCAUGAAGGGGAACCUCAAGUCGCACAUCCGCAUCAAGCACAGCGGGGACCGCUUCCAGUGCCCGCACUGCGCCUUCGUGGGGGACAGCAAGGCGGCGCUGCGCAAGCACAGCCGCGCGCACCAGGCCGAGCACCCCGAGAAGUGCUCGCAGUGCAGCUACUCGAGCGCCAGCAAGGCGGCGCUGCGCGUGCACGAGCGCGUGCACUGCGCCGAGCGCCCCUUCAAGUGCAGCUUCUGCAGCUUCGACACCAAGCAGCCCAGCAACCUGAGCAAGCACCUGAAGAAGACGCAUGGCCACCUGGCGCCGCCCGCGCCGAGCCGAGUUGGUCUGUGGUUUGGCGUGUGCUGCCUCUGCCUGGUUGUUGCUGGUUGUUCCAAGCUGGGCUACGUGGGGAACCAGCUGAGCUCUUCCCUAGGCUCUCAGUGA